UUGAAAAUGAAAGUAGCUGCUUGGAGAAGCUCUUCUCAACAUUCUUUCUUUCAAAUCUUGGUAUGUUCACUAACCAUUCUUCUCUUUCUCACGUUAGACGUUCCAACUGUGUCUGCAAGCAAAACAAUCAACAGAUCUGCUGGUGUCAAAGCCUACAAAAGUUACAUCAAGAAAGCCUGUGAUUCAGCCACAUACCCCAAAGAAUGCUAUCAAUCUCUCUCCAAAUAUGCCCACGCCAUUAAAACCGAUCCGGAGAAGCUCUACAGGGUUUCCUUGUUCGUCACUAUAAAAGCUGCUCGUAGAACUUCAUCCUCCAUUUCAUCUCUGUGGAGACUGAGAGGUUUGAGUCCCACAGACCGAGCCAUCGUCCGUGAUUGUGGUUUGACAGUGAGUGAUGCCAUUGACCAUAUGAAGCAAUCCUUGACGGUGAUGGCCAAUCUAGAAGGAGCGGAUGGUAAGUCUGAGUUAUUAGGAGACAUAAGAAAGUGGAUUAGUGCUGCGUUGACAGAUACGAGCACAUGCACGGAUGAGUUUGAUGGCCAGAAAGUGGGCUACGCGGUGAAUAAGAAUAUCAAGAAGACUGUGUUGAAUCUUUCCAAGAUGACUAGCAAUUGUAUGGCUCUUCUCAAUACUCUGCCAAUUAAUUACUAGCAAAUUACAGGAACCACUACAUGUGUUUAGUGAUUUGUGAAUACGAUUUGUUCUUAUUGUCCAAUGAAACUGACAUUUUCUUGCAUUUCUGAUACAAAAUGAAAAUGUUUCUUGUAAGAUGUCAUA